AUGCACAACGGUCGAGCGAACCCCUAUUCUUUCAUGAAAGAUGGUGUCAAGUUCACACUAGCGACUCUACCACCUAGUGAGAUUAGCCAAUCUUCAAGGGAAUCUAGUGUCUUAAAGCCGUUAGUGUCUUUGAUGACUAAGGAGGAAUUCAAGGUGUUAAAAUCCGAAGCCCAAAUGAUGAUCUUUAUUCUGGUGCUUGAGGUGAACAACGAGGCGGCCAAUCCACCUAGAGUCAUUCCGCUAUUAUCAGAAUUUCCAGAUGUAAUAUUUGAUGAGAUACCACUUGGAAUUCGGCCAGGAGAUGAGUGGAAGACCGCUUUCAAAACCAGAGAUGGCUUAUAUGAGUGGAAUGUGAUGCCUUUUGGGUUAACAAAUGCCCCUAGCACAUUUAUGCAACUGAUGAAUCAAGUAUUGAGACCUUUCAUUGAUUGCACCAAAGGAGAGAAGUUUCAGUGGACAGAGCAAGCUCAGAAAAGCUUUGAGGAGCUUAAGAAAAAGUUGACUGAAGCUCCAGUCCUUGCUCUUCCUAACUUUGACCGAGUGUUUGAAGUUAGCUGUGAUGCUUCUAACACCGGCAUUGGUGUUGUCUUAAGCCAGGAGGGCUAUCCCAUUGUCUUUUUUAGUGAGAAGCUUAAUUAUGCCAAGUUUAGAUAUUUUACCUAUGACAAGGAAUUCUAUGCCAUUGUUCGAGCUCUCCAAUAUUGGAGUCAUUAUCUCCUGAAUAAAAAGUUCAUCCUUUUUUCGAAUUAUGAGGCUCUCAAGUAUUUAAAUUCCCAGCAGAAGAUUAGUCGCAGACAUGCUCGUUGGACUGAUGCCCUUAGUCGUCGCCAUGUGCUACUUACAACACUACAAACCAAGGUUGUUGGAUUUGACCUUGUCAAAGAGUUGUAUCAGGAUGAUCCUGAUUUCCAAGGAGUGUGGGAAGCAACUGAAGCACAUGAUGGAGGAUUAGCAGGACAUUUUAGACGAGAUAAAACAGUUGACCUGGUGAAGGAGAACUUUUACUGGCCUCGACUUGAACGGGAUGUCAACAGGCAUAUACAAAGAUGCAGAAUUUAUCACUUGGCUAAAUCCAAGGGUCAGAAUAUUGGACUAUACAUGCCUCUGCCAAUUCCAGAAGCACCUUGGGAAGAUAUAACUAUGGAUUUUGUUCUGGGUUUACCACAGACUCAGAGGAAAAGAGAUUCUGUCAUGCGGACGCUAUGGAAGAAGAUGGGAACUAAGCUCCAGUGUAGCAGUGAUAGUCAUCCUCAGACAGACGGUCAAACUGAGCCAAAUGCCAAGUUGUCCCUAAGAGCUGAUAGUCUAUUCAAGAUAGUGCAAAAGAUCAACAACAAUGCUUACAAGGUUGAAUUACCUGGUUCUUAUGGUGUAUCUGCCACCUUCAAUGUUGUUGAUCUAUCUCUUUACAUCGAUCAUGAUGCCAAAUUUGACUUGAGCACGAGUUCCAUCGACCUUGGGGAGGAUGAAAUAGAAAAUGGCAGAAAUGAAAGCUGA